AUGUCAUGUCGUCUUCUCCAGCGCUCAGAGUUUCAGCUCAGCUGCAUCUUUCCAAACUUCCCAUUCUGGUUUCAGUUUUCCAACUAUUCUCCUCCUCUCACUCACUCCUACUAAGUGUUUUUUUCUGUUGCUCCCACUAUUUAUUUCCCUGAUCUUUUCUUCUGCGUGAACUCUUCUUGAUCCCGGACAGCCAUUUCUUGUCAUUCGCACAGCAGCAGCUACCUAAAUCUCAAAUUUGAUUUUGGGAUGUUCCCCUAACUAUAUGCUCUUGACGACUCCCAUCAGAUGCAUAAACUUGACAGGAAAGUAUCAGCCUGUCAUCCUUUCCAUGUCUGAAGUAUAGACUUUCCACACAGAACAGUGGAACAAAUUGACAGUGUGUUGAAACUAAGCUAUAUACCUCAGGUUCCAGAGGUGGAUAAGGCAGGGAAUGAGUACAACCAAGGUGAAGAGGCGUGUGGGGAAGUAUGAGCUAGGCCGGACCAUCGGUGAGGGCACAUUCGCCAAGGUCAAGUUCGCCAGGGACACCGAGACUGGGGACCCGGUAGCCAUCAAGAUUUUGGACAAGGAGAAGCUUCUCAAGCACAAGAUGGUUGAGCAGAUCAAGCGGGAAAUUGCAACAAUGAAGCUGAUUAAACAUCCAAAUGUUGUCCGCAUACAUGAGGUGAUGGGAAGCAAAACAAAGGUCUACAUUGUUUUAGAAUAUGUCACUGGUGGCGAGCUCUUUGACACAAUUGUUAACCAUGGUAGAAUGAGGGAAGAUGAGGCAAGGAGAUACUUCCAACAGUUAAUUAAUGCUGUUGAUUAUUGUCAUAGCAGGGGGGUGUACCAUCGUGAUUUAAAACCGGAAAAUUUAUUACUUGAUUCAUGUGGAAAUCUGAAAGUGUCAGAUUUUGGGCUGAGCGCCCUAUCUCUGCAGCUCAAGGAAGAUGGAUUACUGCACACGACUUGCGGGACUCCAAAUUAUGUUGCACCAGAGGUCCUCGAAGAUCAAGGCUAUGAUGGUGCAAUGGCAGAUUUGUGGUCAUGUGGAGUUAUUCUGUUCGUUCUGCUAGCAGGGUAUUUGCCUUUUGAGGACUCUAAUCUUAUGGCCUUGUAUAAGAAAAUAUCGAAUGCAGAAUUUACAUUUCCACCUUGGACGUCUUUUCCUGCCAAGAGGUUGUUAACAAGAAUCCUUGAUCCAAAUCCGAUGACGAGAAUAACAGUUCAAGAAAUGUUAGAGGAUGAGUGGUUCAAGAAAGGUUACAAGCGUGCGGAGUUUGAUGAGAAGUAUGAUACAACUUCGGAUGAUGUGGAUGCUGUCUUUAAUGAUUCAGAAGAGCACCAUGUGACAGAAAAGAAAGAAGAGGAACCAGUAGCUCUUAAUGCGUUUGAACUGAUUUCAAUGUCAGCAGGCCUCAAUCUUGGAAACUUAUUUGACUCUGAGCUGGAAUUUAAGAGAGAAACAAGGUUUACAUCAAAAAGCUCACCAAAAGACAUUGUCCGCAAGAUUGAGGAAGCUGCAAAGCCUCUAGGAUUUGAUGUGCAGAAGAAAAAUUACAAGCUGAGACUAGAAAAGGUAAAAGCAGGGAGGAAGGGGAACCUCAAUGUUGCUACCGAGAUACUGCGAGUUGGACCUUCUCUUCAUAUGGUUGAAGUUCGCAAAGCAAAAGGCGACACUCUAGAAUUUCACAAGUUUUACAAGAACCUUUCAAACACCUUGAAGGACGUUGUUUGGAAAUCCGACGAUCUCCAGAUCCAACAUUCCUAGCAGCAACUUUGGAAGAGGGGGGAUGGGUAAACUAUUAGCAUCUCAUUCUUCCAAGUUGAUCCAUUUUCAGGAGCUGGAUCAAAAAACACGUUCAUUGCAUUUUGUAAGUACUGGUGGAGGGCCCCUGUUGACAGGUGUGCUUGUCCUCCACCGUUGUUGUAUAUGCUGUAUUUUGAGAGAUUUUUUGGAACUGUUUAAGUGAAGCACAUUCAGUAGGUUUUGCUGUUAUGUUUAGUAUGUUAGUUUUCUUAAUUCAUAUCGAGACACCUUAGAGCAAGGCAGCCAUGAGUUCACAGAAUGGGUAGCCAAAUAUGCUGUUACCAUUUGUAAACUCACAUUGUUCAUCGUUGUCAAUCAUGGAGUAAUUUCUUGUUU